UUUCUCGCCCAAUGGGCAGGAGGUGAUGUCAAUGACAGCGGAUGGCGUCGUGAACACUUGGUGCAUCUCCUCAGGGGAUUGUCGCCUCACCCUGGAGGACGAGGACAACUUUGUUUGUGCUGCCUUGUCCUGUGACUAUUCACCAUGUGGGCAAUAUCUGCUGACCUUCUCUCGCGAAUGCCUGGCAGAAGUAUGGUCAGCUGUCACUGGGGAGUGCUUGCACAUCCUCGAGGCCGAUGAAGAAGAGUUGGUUUUCUCUGUGGUGUUCUCCCCAGAUUGCCAAACGGUGCUGACCAGCCUUCUCAGCGGUUCUGCACGACUGUGGUCAGUCACCUCAGGGACGUGCCUGCACCAUGUGCAGGGUCGCGAGCGCUGGAGUCCACCUCAGCCAAGUAUCUUCGCACCUGAUGGGCAGAGUGUGGUGCUUGGUGACGAGGACGGCACAUUAGGAAUUUGGUCGGUUAACACUGGGCAGUGUCUGCUCACACUGCGCGGGCACAAUGAAGCGGUGAGAUUUGCUGUCGUCUCACCUGACGGGCUGGGGGCACUGACUACCUCGGAGCAGGGCAUCGUCAAGAUCUGGUGCCUCACCUCUGCAGCCUGCCUGCAGACAAUCGAGGACAAUGAGCACCCAGUGUGGUCCGCCACGUACGCGCCCGACGGACGGGAGCUGCUAACCGUUUCAAAAAACGGCUCUUUGAUCCUGCGCUCUGCCACUUCUGGAGACGGCAUGCACGUGUUCGAAGCUCGCGGCGCUUGUUUCUCAGCUGAGAAACAAGUAUCCCGGUGA